AAUGAGAGUAAUUACUUAGUCGUCCCGGAACAUCUCUCUGUGUUGAGACAUGCGUCUCUGAGCGGUCAUGAGGAGUGAUAAGGGUGUGCGCUCCUGCUGUGGCUGGAUUCUCGAGAAAUGUUGCUGCUGCCGUCAUGUGGGAGAAAACUAUGCAGUUGGCGGUCCUGAAGGGAAGACCGAGUCCGUGACCACACUGCAGCCACAGCCAUCCCUGAACUCCCUGCAGAGUAGCUCCCCUGGACCCAAGCGCUCUGGGAAUACACUGAAGAAAUGGUUGACCAGCCCCGUCCGGCGUCUCAGUCAUGGCAGCAACAUCAAGAAGAUUCCUAGCAAACAGAAGCAGAAACGUGAUGGACGCAAGAGCAUUGAUCUGGGGCCACCUGAACUACAGGAUGACACCCUGGAAGAGAGAGUGCGUAAAGAAGAGGGAACACUCUCCAAAUCUUCCUCAGGAAUGCACAGUGGAGGGGAGGAAGAGCCAGAGGACGAGUCACACACUCCCCUCCCUCCUCCAAUGGAGAUCAUCAAAGACCCCUCUGCUCAAGAAGAGAAGUCUUCUGUGCUGAUGGCUUCCCGGCAGAGCUCGGCUGAUAUCCCCAGUGCUGCUGAACUUGUCAGUGCUAUAGAGAAACUGGUCAAAACUAAGAUGACGCUGGAGCCAGGAUCAUACCCAGGAUUCAGCUCCGUGAACCCAGCGGAACAAAGCCCCUUGCCACCCAGAAACCCUGAGCUGGAGCAGAAAGCCAAAGCACUGCGUGGACGAAUGUUUGUUCUGAACGAAUUAAUCCAGACAGAAAAAGACUACGUGAAAGAUUUGGGUAUCGUGGUUGAGGGGUUUAUGAAGAGAAUAGAGGAGAAAGGAAUUCCCGAUCAUAUGAAAGGAAAAGAUAAGAUCGUCUUUGGAAACAUUCACCAAAUCUACGACUGGCACAAAGAUUUUUUUGUUGGUGAACUGGAAAAAUGUCUUGAAGAUCAAGAAAAACUGCCUGAGCUUUUUAGUAAACAUGAGAGAAGGCUGCACAUGUAUGUGGUUUACUGCCAGAACAAACCCAAAUCUGAAUUCAUCGUUGCAGAAUACGAUUCAUACUUCGAGGGGAUUCAGCAAGACAUCAACUCGAGACUGGCCAUCAGUGAUUUUCUCAUUAAACCCAUUCAGAGAAUUACUAAAUACCAACUUUUAUUAAAGGACUUCUUAAAGUACAGCAUCAAGGCGGGGUUGGAUUGUCAGUAUAUAGAGAAAGCAGUAGACCUGAUGUCCCAGGUGCCCAAGCUGUGCAAUGACAUGAUGAAUCUGGGAAGACUGCAGGGAUAUGAGGGGAAGUUGACGAGUCAGGGAAAACUCUUGCAGCAGGAGACGUUUUUUGUGACGGAGCAGGAUUCUGGCGUUCUGUCCCGCAGUAAAGAGCGCAGGGUGUUCCUGUUUGAACAGAUCGUCAUCUUCAGCGAGCUCUUACGCAAAGGCUCGUCCAUUCCAGGAUACCAGUUUAAAAAGAGCAUCAAGGUGAACCUCCUCGGCCUGGAAGAGCAUGUUGAAAACGAUCCGUGUAAGUUUGUGCUGUGGUGUCGUGGGUCAUCCGAACGUUUUACCCUGCAAGCGGCAAACACGGACAUCAAACAGGUCUGGGUUCAGCAUAUCACCGAUCUACUAGACUUACAGAGCAACUUCUUGUCAGCUCUGCAGUCACCCAUCGAGUAUCAGAAGGAGCGCAGCGGCUCUCAAUCUCUGACCCGAAACUCCUCCAGCAGUGGGCGAGUGGGUCAGUCCAACAGCAGGCCCAGCUCCACUGUGUCACUGGGAGCAGAGAAACCCUCUCUGUCUGGACGGAGCUCCACCCCGAUAAAGCUAUCUACCUCCAACGGUGGUCCGUGCCACGACUCGGACAGAUACCAAAGGCAGUUUGACGGUGUGGGCUGUAACGGAACGUCGUCGUCCAUGAUGGUGACUCAGGACUAUAACGCACUGAAAGAGAACGAGAUCUGUGUCACGCAGGGUGAGACAGUGCAGAUACUGGCCACGAACCAGCAGAACAUGUACCUGGUGUUUCGACCCGCUAACAGCCAAUCACCAGCUGCGGAGGGCUGGGUCCCGGGACACAUCUUGGGCCCCCUCACUAAACCCCUCAUAGACACUACUGCAGACUCAAACAUCAAGAAAUCUCUCUCGUGGAACACGCUUCGCGCUCGCAAGCGUGCAGAGAAGGACAGUGCGCCCCUCAAAAGUGACAUAAAAGUUGAGAAUGGACUGCGUAAGGCAAAGGAAAUUCUCAGCAGCAAGGUCACUGAGAAAGCGUCCCGCAGCUCAGACGAGUCCGAUUGUGAGGAUGAUCUAGACCCCAAAACUAGUAUGGAGUUGUUGAACCCUAAUUUCAUCCAAGAGGUGUCUCCAGAGUUCCUGACGCCUCUAGCGGACGUGUCGUGUGCUCUGGGGGAGACGGUGGUUCUGGGUUGUAAAGUGUGCGCUCGACCCAAGCCCACGAUCACCCUGAAAGGACCCGAUCAGAGUCUGCUGGUCAACAAUAACCGAUUCACUAUCAACAUCAGGGAUACGGGUGAUAUAGUGUUGAAGAUCUGUAAUCUAAUGCCGCAGGACACUGGCAUCUACACGUGUGUGGCCGUGAAUGAUCAUGGCACAGCUUCCUCGUCUGCAUCUAUUAAAGUACAAGGUAUCCCAGCAGCCCCUGCUCGACCUGUGGCUCAGGAGGCCAGCAGCACGGCGGUGAUCGUCCACUGGCUUCCUCCAGUCAGCUCGGGGAACUCCACCAUCUCCAGCUACACUGUGGAGUACAGGCAGGAAGACUCUCUGGUGUGGCAGAAGUCGGUGGUCUCCACUGCAGAUGUGUGUGUGAAGAUUGAGAAUCUGAUUCCUGGUGGGCACUAUCAGUUCAGAGUCAGUGCCAGUAACCCCUGGGGCAUCAGCCCACCCAGUGAACCCUCAAACAUGGUGACUUUACCCAGCACAGCCUCAACAUAUGACGGCACUGGAAUCCAGUGGAAAGAUAACUUUGAAUCUGCGUUCACAGAAUUAUGUGAAAUUGGACGGGGUCGUUUCUCAGUGGUGAGGAAGUGUCUCAGCAAGGCCAGUAAGAAGGAGGUUGCUGUGAAAUGUGUCAAUAAGAAGAUGCAGAAGAAAGAGCAGGUUGCCCAUGAGGCCGAUAUCCUGCGUCAUGUCCAGCAUCCCCAGCUGGUGGCGCUGAUUGACACCUAUGAGUCGCCCACGGCCUACAUGCUGGUUCUUGAGCUUGUUGAAGAUGGACGUCUGCUGGACUAUCUAGUGGCUCACGAUGAGCUGAUGGAGGAGAAGGUGGCGUUCUUCAUUAAAGACACACUGGAAGCUCUGCAGCACCUGCACACAUGCAGAGUAGCUCACCUGGACCUCAAGCCUGAAAAUCUGUUGGUGGACCUCCACGUGCCGGUGCCAUGCGUGAAGCUCUCGGAUCUGGGCGACGCGGUGCAGGUUUCGGGUCACCGCUACGUGCAUAUCCUCUUGGGGAACCCUGAGUUUGCCGCCCCAGAGCUCGUCCAGGGCACCCCGGUGUCCCUGUCUACAGAUGUGUGGAGUGUAGGGGUGCUGGCCUACGUCCUGCUCAGCGGAGUCUCCCCGUUCCUGGACGAGAGUCUGGAGGAGACCUGCGUCAACAUCUGCAGGCUGGACUUCUGCUUCCCCGAGGAGUACUUCUGCGGCGUCAGCCAGGCCGCCAAAGACUUCAUCGUGUCCACGCUCAACCAGGACCCCAGAAAGAGGCCGAGCUCUGCCUCGUGCCUGCAGCACCCGUGGGUCAGCGCUCAUAGUGGAGAUUACUCCAAAACACCACUGGACACCGUCAGACUCGCUGCGUUUAUCGACAGACGCAAACAGCUACAUGGAGUCAGACCUGUGACAAACGUUAAAGGACUGGUCAGCAGCAGUAUGGGACACACCUUAUGAGACGAUGGGCUGAAGUAGAGUUCAACAUCAAAAAUCAAUUACAUUAUAUCAUAUCAUUUGGAAUGUGCACUUACUGUACAGUGUUUCCUGUAGAGAUAACCGGCCUGCUCUGAUGACUUGUGACCCGGGGAGGUCAACACUUUUGAGACCAUUAGUGAUUAAUAGAUUGAGAAACUGCAAGGACACUGGAAUGGUGGGAAUCGCAGAGUUAGGAGUAGUGACAUCAUUGAAUGUCAUUUGUGUGGGAGUGGCUUAGGGUGAUUUGUUUUAGAACUUUGAGAGUAUUAAACAGACCAGUAGUUGGGUAUUGUUUUAUGUUAAGUUGUAUUGAGAGGAAACCGCACGCAAUUUGGUAAAGGCUGCGAUUGUUUUAUGUGCAGCUUGUCAGUGAAGCACGGCUGAUCGGUAGUAAAUGCUGCUCUGUCUGAACACCAGAGGGCGUCUCAGACACACACACCACAUAUCCC